GCCAAGACCAUGUUGUGACAGUGCUUAAAAGGAGGAUUUCACCAGAGGUACUCCUCAGAGGAAAUUAAGUGGUACGGUCAAUUUACCCGCAGUAGCAGCAGCGAUGUAUCGCUACUAUUAUCUUCUAAUUCAAGUAUUCUUUUUGCUUGUUUCCCACGAGCAGUUGUCUUUUCUCGAUAAUGGAAUGCUGUAUCAAGUGAACGCCUUUGAAACCAAACGCACUUGCCAGGACGACCUGAUGCAAUUACAUUGUUCGGCCCCUGAGGUGCUUAAGAUCUAUAGUGCAACCUACCAUCGAACGAAAAGUGACAAUUGCAUAAGGAAAACUGAGUCUUGUGCUCCGGAUGAUAAGACAAGUUUGAUAAGUAAGCAUUGCAAAGGACGCACAGAGUGCAGUAUCACAGUCGGUUUGAGUACCAUGGGAGACAAUUGUCCGAGCAUGUCUGCCCUUAAGUAUCUGAAUGUCAUUUAUGGCUGCGGACCGCCGCAUAAGAUGAGCGCCAUCAAAACCAAAUACACCUGCCAGGGUGACUCGCUGAACAUAAGUUGCUCGGCCUCAGAAGUGCUCAAAAUCUUUAAGGCAACCUACUUGCGAGAGGAAAACAAGAAAAUUUGCACAGGGAGGAGGAUGAGUAAUGUCAACACUGCUGAACAUUGUGCCCCAGAUGAUAAGACAAAUUUGCUAAAAAAGCAUUGUGAAGGACACUCAGAGUGUAAUGUCACAGUAGAUACGAGUACCAUGGGAGACAAGUGCCAGUGGAUGUCAAACCCUAAGGAUCUGAAUGUUAAAUAUGGCUGUGGUAUUGUGGAGGAAUUACCACCCACGACCGAAGCCCCGUUUACGUUCGCGGAAAACAAGUCGACCAUUGUAUUAACAAAACCUUCCUCACCCUCUCCACCCUUCAACUACACUACUCAGCCCCCGCCGACUGCGAUGACCCCGAGAAUGUCCUAUACAACAUAUCCUGGCGACGAUAAUGGAGAAGACGACUCCGCUGGCUAUGGCUUUGUCAUAUUUAAUACUGGAUACAGCAACCAGAUCUCUCAUGUGAUGAUAGUCCUGCUAUUUGGAGUAAAUUUUCAUUUUCAACUUCUGUAAUUAUGAAGUCACCGAGCAACCGCUGAAUUCUACUCAUGGGAAUCUAAGCAAACGACAGACGAGCAGCCUGACGACCAUCAAACGGGGAUAUUAAGUGGUCCAAAAAUUUGGCGUCACUUUAUUGUCUGUUUUGUAAAAUAAUCUUAGCGUAUCGAAUAUUGCAUAUUUCUAAUCAAUCCAAGGUAAUUCUGAUCUUAUGUCUAUGAAAAAGUUGAAUAUCUUCUUCGAAUAGAGGUUAUAAUCGCUUAACCCUUUAUCUGCCAGAAGUCGUGGUCGUAAUCGCUUAACCCUUUAUCUGCCAGAAGUGAUUAACAUGUAACUUCUUCCUAGAAUCAUCCAUACAUCAUGGAUAAUGGUAAUGAGAAUAUUCAAACUCAUCAGUUAGAAAUUGUCACCUUGAUCUAACAACAGAUUUCCAUAACUAAACUACAAGAAAAUGUGUAGCAGCUGGAGUUGAAAAUUAACAAUCAGAUCUCGGGAGUGAAAGGGUUAAAUUCCUUGGGCCCGUUUCUUGAAAGUCGCGGUAACUUAACGGGCCUGAAGCCAUGCUUUAAAAGCAAAGGCUAAUGAAUAGAUAGGCAGAUUCUGCCACCCUAACCAGUUCAUUUCGUUUCUUCACCUGAUACUUUUAUCUUACUGGUAUAUUUCUCAAAACUUUUGAAACCCCUAUCUUGAAUGAAAACAGAGAGGCUUUCCGGGCCCGUUAAAUUAAAUUACCGGAACCUUCGCGAAACGGGCCUCAGAAAGAGUGGAUAACGCCAUUAUUUAUUUAUUUAUUUAUUCAUUUAUUUAUUUAUAACAACUUUAUUGUAAUAAUUAAUACAAAAGGCUGCCAUCAGAGAGGAACUGAAUCCUCAUGUAAGAUGACGCCCAAAAAUAUCUACAAAGCUAUGAAGGAAAUAUAAAUCGGAUAAAAAGUAGUUGUAAGGAAAAAUGUAAAAAAAUAUCACCAAAAUGUAUCUAUCAGAAUGGAGUUAUUAAAAUUAUCUAAUCAUCUAAUUAAAUAUGCGAUCGCAACAAUUUUAUAUUCAUCACACACUAGUUAAAAAGUGUUCUCUUAAGCCCUUUUUAAAUUUUGACAAUGAAUCGGCACAAAUUAGAGAAUCUGGUAACGAGUUCCAUUUAUCUAUAUAUCUGUGCCAGAAAGAGAAGUUUAAGAUAUUAGUUCUUGAAAAAGGUUUCCAAAUCUUCCUACUAUUUCUUGAUCUAGUGCUAGCACGAGAGAACUAUAAAUACUUAUCAAGCUUAACUCUCGAGAAACCAUUAAUAAACUUAAAUAGUUGAAUCAUUGAUAGAUAUUCCCUACGGGACUUAAGUUCCAUUCAGCCAAGGGAUUGCAGACGUUCGGUGUAAUCAAUAGGUCCAGCAAGGAUCCAGCGUGAGACAAUUCUUUGGAUUCUUUCAAGUUUGUCUGACCGGUAGGCUUGAUGUGGAUUCCAAACGGCAUAUGCGUAUUCGAUGAUAGGACGAACCAUUGUUUUUUAUCCACUUAUUAUUGCUUCAGAGCACCUGCCAAAUGUGCGUUUUAGUAGACCCAAGAUCCUGUUAGCUUUAGCAGCUAUCGUAAGGACAUGAUUUUUCCAAGAUAGAUCAGAUGAGAUUGUUACAUGCAGAUGCUUGUGGGUGACUACUUGUUUCAAGGGUAAAGAGUUGAUGGAAAACGAACACUGUCCAUUAACCUUAGAUCUUGUUAUUCUCAUGUACUUACAUUUAGAUUCACACACCUUUAAAGUACACCAGUUGGA